AUGGAGUCAACCACUUCUCCAUUUCCUCAAACAUCAUCUCGUUCCAACCCUAUAAAACGCCUCUGCUGCGUCAAGAUGAGUUCUCAAGAUACUAUCGAAGAUCCGACGCUAUACCAAGACAUGCUCCCUGCAAUUGAUUCCAACGAGUCAAAUGAAGCAGUUGUAAUAGAGGAUGACCCGCAUUCAGUUCAAUCAGCUUCUCACACUUUGGAGUCACCACCAGAAAACAAAAAGUAUAUCCAAGAUGACGAAGAAGACAAGGAGCGUAUGAGAGGCCAGUCAUGUCAUAUAGCAGAUUCAGUCCUAAAUCCUAAGCUUGAGAGGGUGCUGCUGUUUCUUACUCAGCUUGAAUUGCACCUUACUCAGCUAAAGGAACGCGCGCAGGAGACGGCGAAUUGCAUUGAACACAUCGUGAAACGAUUGGAAGGGUUGAAAGAUGACUUAAGAAUUGAUUUCAGCAAAACAAAGGAUCCUACUCAGAGAUGUCAACAAGAAAGAGGUAUUUUAAGAGGAGUGAAGAGGGAAAGAGACGAAGGAGUGAAGCCUGUAAGCUGUACGCGACGCGAGAAAAAGAGAGCACUUGUAACUUGGGAGGGCUAG